AUGCAAGAUGCUAAUCAAGGCGCCAUCCGCAUCCGGGGACUUGGACACCGAAUCAAACACGAAGUUUCCCUCGCCAACGCCAACUCCGCAAGAAGCAUCACAUCGGAAGUCCCUGCCAUCGACUCCCGCCCCGCGCUCCUCCUCACGGGCUCACUCGACGAGACCGUGAGGCUCUGGCACCCCGACGAGCUCGCCGCAACGGCGCCGCCCUCGCGCGGCCACGUCCUCGGCGUUGUCGCCGCCGCCGCCCACCCCUCCGGCUCCCUCGCCGCCGCCGCCGCCGCCGCCUCCUCCCUCGACAGCUCCGUCCGCGUCUUCGACGUCGACUCCAACGCCUCCAUCGCCUCCCUCGACGCCUCCCCCCCUCCUCCGAGGUCUGGGGCUUGCAGUUCGACCCCAAGCGGCGGUGCUGGCGCCGGCGUCGCCCGCGGAUUCGUAGGAUUACUGGCGGAAGUUUUUCCGCACCGCGACGGACGCCGACAUCUUCCGGGUAAUCGGGAAGGCCAUCGCGGUCUCCAUCGCAGACUUUCCUGACAAGCUCCGCACCGGCGCGCUCGGAUCGAGGAGGAGAGCCACACGCUCGGAGAGGUUUUGAGAAUCAAGGGCGUUCAUAGCGCUGGCCGGGAGCACGUCCGCGACUAGAUUUCGAUGCCGAAUUGCUUUGCCCCGAAGGUGUUUGAUGAAUUGCCUGAAUGAAUUUUUGUGUGUGUGAUGUUGCAGUCGGACGGCGUGCUGUUCGAGUUGCUGAGAAGGCUGCAGCUGAUGGAGCUUUCAGUGCAGACGCUGCAGGUGCGGCCUUCAAGUACCAACACUCAAGAGCAACAUGAAAAAUCAUUCAACUCCGCCCUCGCACGGUCACACCCUCGGCGUCGUCGCCGCCGCCGCCGCCGCCCACCCCUCCGGCUCCCUCGCCGUCGCUGCCUACCUCGAUAGCUCCAUUCGCGUCUUCGGCGUCGACUCCAACGAUAGUUCGACCCCAAGUACUGCUACGAGGGCGAAAGCUGCUACAAGAGGGACUGGAACUCCUCCAAGGGCUAACAGUGAACUUAUAAUGGA